AUGUCUGCAUGGGAUUUAUCUUCUCCACCAAACGUGAUCCCAAAAGCAAACAGCGACCGCCAUGAACAAGGGGUAACUGGCAGAACUGGCUGGCGGUCAACGGCUCCGGUGGACAUUCCCGACUGGUCCAAGAUCUUAAAGAGGGAUUCAUCAAACAAGGAAUUAUGGGAUGGUGAAUGUGAUUCUGAUGAUGGUACUAGGAAAAGAUUGUUCGAUGACUUUGAGACUGAAGACGGCGAAGAAAUGGUUCCACCGCAUGAAUAUUUAGCCAGGAGACUUGCCGGAACUCAGAUGGCUUCAUUCUCAAUGUUAGAAGGUGUUGGAAGGACCCUCAAAGGACGAGAUCUCAGCAAAUUAAGGAAUGCCAUUUUAACCAAAACUGGUUUUCUUGAAUGA